AUGCCUGGCCCACAGCUUAGCGAUGGAAACCGCUCCAUCAUCACCAGCCUGCUCGAGGGUGGCUUUUCCAACAAAGAUAUCGCCACCAGCGUAAAUAUCACUCCGGACUAUGCUCAAAAGCUUCGAAAGCGAUGGAUUAUCACAGAGAGUAUCUUCAUUAAGCAGGACUGCACUGAUCAAACAAAGCUUCUGCUAUUUCAUCUAGCUGAAUUGCUUGAUCUUCUGGCUGAAAAGAGCAAUAUAUAUCUCGAUGAGAUGCAACUAUAG